AUGUCGCUCCGGGAUCCAGCAGACCUCUGCUUUCCACAGCUCGUCAAUGACUCCUGCAGGAAGCCAGCGUCGCUGCUGUCUGACACCAUGUUCCUUCAUGUCACGCUCUCCUGCAUCUCUCUGAUCACCGUGGUUCUAAAUCUGAUCAUUAUCAUCUCAGUCUCCCACUUCAGGCAGCUCCACACUCCCACCAACACGCUCCUCCUUUCUCUGGCCGUCUCAGACUUUCUGGUUGGUCUUGUAUCGAUGCCUGUUGACAUCCUUAGAAAAACGUCCUGCUGGUAUCUUGGUGACUUUCUAUGUUCUCUAUUUAUGUAUGUGUCCUACAUCAUCACCUCUGCUUCAGUAGGGGUGAUGGUUCUCAUAUCGGUUGAUCGUUUUGUGGCGAUCUGUGACCCUCUACAUUAUCCAGGCAGAGUGACUGAGAGAAGAGCCAAAGUGUGUGUCUGUCUGUGUUGGCUCAUCUCUGCUCUCUAUAAUAUUAUACUUGUGAAAGAUGAACUGAUCCAGCUAGGAAUGCAUAAUUCCUGUCAUGGAGAAUGUGUGAUUUUUGUCGACAGCAUUAUAGGAACUCUCGACAUUGUCAUAACCUUCAUUGCUCCAGUUUUUGUGAUCGUGGUUCUGUACAUGAGAGUGUUUGUGGUGGCCGUGUCUCAGGCUCGUGCCAUGCGCUCUCAUGUUACAGCCGUCACACUGCAGCUCUCUGUGGCUACAAAGAAAUCGGAGCUGAAAGCAGCCAGGACUCUGGGAGUUCUGGUACUUGUCUUUCUGUUAUGUUUCUGCCCAUAUUACUGUUUCUCCAUUGCAGGUACUGAAUUGUUCGACAGAUUUUCAGAGUUUGUGUAUUAUUUGUUCUUUUUUAACUCCACUCUAAACCCUCUGAUCUACACAUUGUUGUAUCCGUGGUUUAGAAAAGCAGUAAAACUCAUCGUCACUCUUCAGAUUUUAAAGCCUGGCUCUUGUGAGACAAACAUACUGUAG